ACUUAAUUUCUCUCUUGGUCCUUCCUCUCCUUCCCCAUCUCUUUAAAUCUCUCUCAUCACUCUUCAAUUCUUCACAUCUCUUACAUCUAAAUCUUAACACUUGUCUUCUCUCUCUCUCUCUCACUUCUUUCUUUUGGAUUAGCUCAUUUGUUGUUAUAUACAUAUUUUCCCAUUUUGGUUCCAUCAAAUUUUUGGCUUCAAUAUUAUUCUUAACAAAAACACAUUCACUUACCUUCAACUAAAACUAUAAGGAUAUGUCUAGCAGAAGGUCGAGGCAGCCUGCAGCUCCUCCAAGAAUCACUGAUGAUCAGAUCAUCGAACUUGUCUCAAAGUUACGCCAGCUUCUCCCGGAGAUUCGUCAUAGGCGCUCCGAUAAGCUGUGGCAGGUAUCAGCUUCCAAGGUCCUACAAGAGACCUGCAACUAUGUCAGGAGCUUGCACAGGGAGGUGGAUGACUUGAGUGAGCGACUGUCCCAGCUUUUGGCUACAAUUGAUGCUGAUAGUCCUGAAGCUGCUAUAAUAAGGAGUUUAAUCAUGUAAUUAGGCACUUUGUAUUAAUUAUAUAUAAAUAUUAAUUUUCAUUUGUAAGUUUUUAGUAGAUAGUAGUUUGAUCACUACCAGCUGCAGGUACAGCCGAUCAAACAAAUGGGUUAGAAUCUAUUUUAAGAAAACAUGCCAUGUGGGUAUAGGCAAUUAAUGUAAUUAAGGUGUAUAACAAGAGGACUUGCACUAGCAAAUCCAGUUAUAAUAAUAUAUUUAUUAUUAUGGAUAA